CAAUACACUGCACCUACACACUAGCACUAGGCUAUCCAUCGCUAGGCUACAGUACACUACAUGAAUGUUAGGCGUCACUAUCUACACUAAGCUACACUAUACUCUAGGCGAGGCUAUACUACUCGUACACUAGUAUAGGCUACACUGAAUUACACGAUCAGUACGCUAGAGUGCACUGCAUUUCACUGCAGGGCAUCAAUCUCAUAGAACUAGUCUCGAAGGCUGAUGAAAACUGAGAUAUCCUCUUAGCAAAUCAAUCAAUAAUGAGGUAAAGGCCUGAGGAUGUUAAAUAGAGAGCUCCAAUCAAUUCACUGUAUAUUAGGCUAUUACGACUGCAAAUAUUUCCGGGUAUUGGUCCAAGUGAAAGGAUUUUCAAGAUAGUAAAUGAAGAUAUGAAGGGUUCAGAAAGUAAGGAUGCUACUGUCCUCGGGAAUGGGAAUGUUGGUGAUCAUAUGGCCACUAAAGAUAACAUUGAUUCAGCAAGGAUGGUUAAAGAAUCCACUAUCCUCCAGCGUUACCCAGAAUCCCAAGUGAAAGAAUUGAAGGAAGCAUUUCGUUUGUUUGAUAAGGACGGGGAUGGCAGCAUCGACACAGAGGAGCUAGGGACCGUGAUGCGAAACCUCGGACAAUUUCCUUCCUCAGAUGAACUGACACGGAUGUUGGAAGAAAUCGACAUUGAUGGCGACGGUCAGUUCAGCUUUGAGGAGUUUGUCCAACUGAUGGCCAACAUGGGUAGUAUCAGCGAGGACGCAGAGGAGGACGAAGAGGAAGAACUCCGACAGGCGUUCAUGGUGUUUGACAGGCAGGGGUGUGGUUACAUAGGAGCCUCUGAUCUGCGAGCUGUCUUGCAAAACAUUGGAGAGGAUCUAACAGAAGAAGAAAUUGAUGAGAUGAUAGCUGAAGUGGACAUUGACGGUGACGGACGAAUUGACUUUGAAGAGUUUAUCGCGUGUAUGUGUGAAGAGAAAGAGUCUGACGACGAAGAUGAGGAUGGCAGCAACAGGGAGGAAUACAAUGAAGAUGAUGUACAGGAAAAUACAAAAUCAGCAAGGGGCAACUCAAACACAUCCAAAAGUAGAAAUCCGACCACUAAUAGGAGUAUUGAAGUAUAGGGAGAACACUCUUCUUUGAAUCCAGGAUUAUAACAACAUACCCUUCGCAUUCAUUCGACUUCGCUUCUUAAAAGAGUAGAUAGACUCUGCGCGCAUGUUUAUAAGAGCAUGCAUAAGAACCGCCAUGCAUUUUGUUCACUUAA